CCGAGCGCCGAUCGUGGGGCGCCGGGGGCCAGGCGCGCUCCCCACCUGGGCCGGCGCGGCCGCAGCCCCACCCGGGCCCCGACGGGCGCCUCGCCAGGCCCGGGGAGGGGCGGCGCGGGAGGGCGGAGGGCGGAGGGCGGGGGCCGACGCGGGGCAGGGCCGGGCCGGGUCGGGCUGCUCCGGGCCUCCGCUCUCGGAGGAGCGCUGCGCUCGCCCCGGACGCCGCCCGAGCGCUGGCCAUGAGGACGCUGUGGAUGGCGCUGUGCGCGCUGGCCCGGCUGUGGCCCGGGGCCCUGGCCGGCUGCGCCGAGGCGGGGCGCUGCUGCCCCGGCCGGGACCCCACCUGCUUCGCCCGCGGCUGGAGGUUGGACAGGGUCUACGGGACGUGCUUCUGCGACGAAGCCUGCCGCCUCACCGGGGACUGCUGCUUCGACUACUCCAGGGCGUGCCCAGCUCGCCCGUGCAUCGUGGGGGAGUGGAGCCCCUGGAGCGGCUGCGCCGACCAGUGCAAGCCAACGGCCCGCGUGCGGAGGCGCCCGGUGCGGCAGGAGCCCCUGAACGGAGGGGCGCCCUGCCCGCCCCUGGAGGAGAGAGCCGGCUGCCUGGAGUACUCGACGCCUGAGGGCCAGGACUGCGGGCACUCCUUUGUUCCUGCCUUUAUAACUACCUCUGCAUUCAACAAGGAGAGAACCAGACAAGCCGUGUCUCCGCAGUGGUCUACAGACACAGAGGAUGCUGGCUACUGUAUGGAGUUCAAGACAGAGUCCCUGACUCCUCACUGUGCUAUGGAAAACCGACCUCUGACGCGAUGGAUGCAGUAUCUCCGAGAGGGGUACACUGUCUGCGUGGAUUGUCAGCCUCCAGCUAUGAACUCCGUGAGCCUUCGUUGUUCUGGAGAUGGCCUGGACUCUGAUGGGAAUCAAACUCUCCAUUGGCAAGCGAUUGGCAAUCCUCGAUGUCAAGGAACUUGGAAAAAAGUUCGGCGAGUAGACCAGUGUUCUUGUCCAGCUGUUCAUAGUUUUAUUUUUAUAUAGAUUGCAAUAUAAAUAUUUUAAAAUGUGUUUGUAGACAUGAUAAAUAUUCGCAAGUCAUAUUCAAUGCUUCAUAAACCUUCAAAAACUAAGUUUGGUCAAAGUCCCUGAAGACAUGUCAUUGACUCCCUCUAAAGUAGAGAAAGAAAAUUUAGGGCCCAAUUCUCAAGAAACACAGUACCUUUAUUUUCACUAAGCUGAAGACCCACCCUCACGGCUCCUGUGGUUUUAUGUCCUUGACCUUCCACCUGGAGUCCUCUCAUUCAACAAGUGGUCCACGCCACACAGAAUACGUGUCUGUUUGCACUAAAAUCACUACAUUUUAGUGGUCCAGUUAUUGGUGAGUAAGUUAUCAUUUAAGGGUAUCCACACUUUGAAUCUUGCGUUUUUUCUUUCUAUUCCAUAAUCUCUUAAAAACCUCUUAAAUUUAAAAAAGGUAUACAGACAUAUGUACAUUCUCACUCAUAUAUUUUCCAUGUCUUAUUCCAUAAAUUCUGAAAUAAUAAUUUCAAGCAAAUUGUCACUGAUAAUUUUCCACAGGACAAGUUGUUUAAGAUUUAGCAAGAAUUUUGUAAUGAAAAACCAACAGCUAAGAACAAGAAAUUUUCUUCAAUUAAGUGAAAAGUUUCAUCAAAUGUUCAUUCUAGGUCCGUACGAGUUCCUUUAAAUGUUAUAAUUUUCAUGAAGUGGAAUUUGGGCACCAAGGAAUGAAACAAGUGCUUUAAUUAUGAAAAUUCUACCAUCAUUAGCAUCCAAGAUUAUUUCCAAGGCUUAAAGCUGAAGCUGACUAAAACAACCUUUCAGAGUCCAACUUCAAGUUUAGUUGCAGUACAUUUACUAUUUUUUCCUACAGAGCACAUUUUCUUAUGUUUGGAGUAAUAGACAGAGGUAUAGAUUACAGAAGGAAUGGAUUUUAUUACAAAUGGUAUGCUCUCACACACACAGAGAAGCAUUUGUCUCCUUAUUUUAUGAUCGGAAAAUCAGUGAACUAGAGACGAAGUGGCUUGGUUCAGGAUCUGGAUGACAAGUCAUUCUGCGAGUCGGCCUGAGGCCCGUCUCAGCUCCUCAUCCAGGACUCCGCUCUGAUGAAAGCCCGACCACGCCGAAGACCGUGCUGUAACAGCUAAGCCCUCUCCAUUUUCAAAACAAUUUUAAAUUCAGAAUAUUUUCUUUGGAGAUUUGAAUCUCGAGAUUUAAACUAUAUGAAACUGCUUUGGUUUCAUUGUAUAAAAUAUUAUUCACUAACGAAUGAUUUACUAAAAUACAUAUUUCUUGGUACUUAUCAUGGAAUGACAAUAGCAAGCUUAGUAGGGAUGGAAAAGUCCCUAAUAUUUAAUGCUGAGAGAAGCAAUAUUUCUGACUAUAUAUUCAUGUAACUCUCAGAGUUGUUUUUGUGGUAAAUUAAAUUCUUCAGAAAUUAAAAAUAAAAAAUUUAAGUCUCAUCAAGGUUAGGAAUUUCAACUAUCAGUUCAGUAUUAACAUUUUAAGACCAUUUCUAACAUUUGUAAAGCAAAGCUUUUGAAGAUAUGCUUGGGUAACUUUCAAUGUUACCUAAAAUUUUUAUACCAGUAAAUAAAUUUCUCUUCACAUUU